AUGGGUCUCUUCGAUAAGCUACAAGCCAAACUCGAGCUCUACCGCCUAGAGCAACGCUACGCCCGACGCAAGCAUCGCAGCACCUUCUCCACCGGCGCUCAAUACGUCGACGGAGAAUACGUCUACAGCAAUGGCGCAAACUCGCCCACCAGCACAAUCUCAAAGCAAUCAACCGGAACCUGGCGCUCAUCUGGGAGGAACACAUCACAAGAAUCGCGCUGGCGGUAG